AGAAGAUGUCAAGGGAUGGGUAGAGCAAGGGAGGAGAGGAGAUACAGGGUGAAGAAUAGAAAGGGAGAGUAAGCGAGCCAGCAAAGAUAAGAGGGAGAGAGGUAGAUUGGAUGUUUACUGUACGUGGUGGACAGAAAAGGAGGAAGAUAUGUAUUAUGGCUAAGUGAGAACUUUGGUACAGAGCCGUGAUCCGAGGGGUGUCUGACUGUGUGUGUGAGGAGGAUAACAGCAGCAGGCAUAUUAUAGCCCUUGGAGCAAAGGAUCACGAGCACUUGGCGCGAGCAGAGGAUCAAACGUUGAGCCAACCGGCAGGCAGAGGCCAGUAAAGUCAAAAAGUAGGCCUAAAAAUAUAAAAUAACUACAUAUUUCACACCAGUGACCGCAGUAAAUGUUUUCCUGCGUAAUAACAUUUUAAGAAAUGUAAUAUAUAUUUUUGGUAAUGUUUCCCCCAAAAAUGUCUUCUUCCAAAUACCCCCUGGGGACUGCCCACCUACCCCUAAGGAGACGCGUACUCCCGGUUGGGAAACACUGGCAAAGAUUAUGUAUUUGGUUCUGCAGACAUACAAGAGAACAUCUAACAGUCCCUACAGCAGUCUAACCCUGAACCCCCACUCCCCCUUCCACUCCCAUUCCCACCUCCAUCUCACCCUCUCACUCACCAUGGCUGAGCCGCCGGAACCAGUGCUCUUCCAGGGGCACCCAGUCUCAGCAGCCACCCCCAGCCUGGGGGAGUCCACAGAUGUGGAGUGUCCCAUCUGCUACCAGGAGUACAACCAGAGCAACAAGUGUCCUCGCAUGCUGGAGUGCCUCCAUGUCUUUUGCACCGAGUGCCUCCAGAGGAUCCAGCUGUCCCCGUAUCCAACUGACCCCUCGGACCCCCAGAGCCCUCCCAGUCCUGCCAUCUCCUGCCCCCUUUGCCGCCACCUCACCACGCUGGAGACAGGUGACCCCCUCACCUUGCCCUGCAACUCCCGCAUCCUGGCCCAGCUGCCGCCCAUGGCCUUCCGCAUGCCCACAUCGGUGGCCACCCGACUGGCCACAGUCACUCAGAGUGUGGUCCUCUCCCUGGAGGCCAGCAGGGAUUCUCGCUUCAUCAUCCUGCCCACAGUGAGCCUCCGGGUGGAGCAGAUGCACCCCAGCGAUAGGCCCCACAGCGGUGGAGGACUGGUUGAUGAGGUGGAGGUGCUGCAGCACCACAGUAGGACCCUGGUAUGUGUGCAGCUGCUAGUCGUGGUCUUCUGGGUGUUGUUUGGGGUGACCUGCAUAGUGGCGGUAGUGUUCGGGCCAAGCUUCUUCUGCAAAUGAGGGGAGAAUGAACACUUUUACAUGCAUCAUUUCUUCUUUCCUUGAUGACUUUCUAAAGUAAGGAAAUGUGUAUUGUCAAAAUAUUUGAAUGUGGCCUCGAUCCAGAAUGAACUAUAGGCCUAUCUCAAACAGCCUUGAAACUGUAAAAUACAAAUAUGCUUACAAGAUCAAAGUUGAUGUAUACAGCCUCAUAAUCAGAUUUAGUUUAUGUAAGUAGCACUAAUGUUUUUCAGAAAAUUCUGUAUACAGCUCUGUUUUCUGCUAUGCACUGAUUUAGAGUUCCCUCUAGUGGUGUAAUAUAGGCCGUUCUCAACUGUGAAGAUGGGCAUUAAUGGAGUUUUUAUUAUUACAUUGUACUACAGUCCUUGGCUAUUUAUUAAAAGCAUUUCAUAUCUGUUUCA